AUGAACAAAGAUCAAAAAGAAAAGUUAUUAUCGACUAAGAAUCGUCUUGAAGAGAUGGUAACAUCAACUAAAGGAGCUGAAGAGAAGAAAGUAGCACAGGCUGAAGAACGGAAGAGAAGAGCAGAAGCGAGGAUCCCGAAAUCAGGAGAAGAGGGCAAGGAACGUGACCUGAACUACGUGGAUCCAAAUUUGGCGAGUGGCAGUAACUCAGGAGCUAGACAAGGAUUGUCGGAGAAGGUGGUUGGAAAAGAAAGACUUCAAUUGAUCGGAGCUUUACGCGAACCCGGAAACAAAGACCCGGAUCAAGGCAGUAGAGCGCUUAUCAAUGCCUUGACUAGUGCCUUAGAUGCCUCGAAUGGAAAUGAGGCGAGGCGUUUGAUAGAUGAGUUUAAUACUAGAUAUGGCUUGCUGGUGUCGAUGGAGUAUGACGGCUAUGAACCAUCAGAGUCGAAGAUUCCAAGCAAAUCUGGAGCGUCACAACCUCUUGCAACUCAUCAAUUGCAAGGACAGUCCCAAAAGUCGACCGUAAACUCAACGUUGAUGGAUUCGAGUCAAUUGCUAGCAUCUAUCUCUGGUUCGAUACCAAAUAAGAAAGCAGAGGAGACCUUGAUGAACGAAGUGGUUCAAGUAGAACAAAUCCCGUCACGAAAUGCAGAAGAACCUUCAGGUGGAGACUCGAACAACUCGUCUACUCCAGUGAAUCAGACAUCAACUACUAAACCUUGGUUCUAUAACAAGAACAACAAACAAAAUGUGAACACAGGAGCACCGAAGACGCAGGCACAAGAUGUGCAGACUGUGUGA